AUGUUGCAACACUACAAUAUGGAACUUCGGUUCCUCGAAACGCAAAGUCCGGGACCGCAGCUAACUAGGCCGCCUCUCCUUACUCUUCCGUCGGAGCUGCUUCAUCAAAUACUCGGCUACCUUAGUCUCUCGGACGUGCUGUCAGUGGGCCUGGUGAACAAAGUGCUACAGGAACACACCGUCCAGGAUAAUCUCUGGCAGUCAUUUGUCGAAGCCGAGAUUCCCCGCCCGGAUGUCAUCAAACCUCCCCGUUUGACAUGGCGAGAGUUGUUCCGACAGCACCACCCAUAUUGGUUCAUCGCAAGAAAUAAGAUUUGGUUUUCGGAUACGCCGAAUACGGGGAAGCUUCUUGUGGCAAGAUACGACCAUAGACUGAAUGCAAUCGAAGCCUAUGCACUUGUUGCGGAACGACAGAUUCCCGUGGCGUUGUCUUGGGCCAACCAUCCCGAGGCCAUUAUUCACACUUUUAGUCCACGGGUACAACUUGACCUUAAUGCGCCUGUCGUCCGACUCAACCGGGACGCCUACGAAGACGCUGUUGGAGAUAUGGGCUAUCGUCUACAGAAAGAAAUACCAAUGAGCUUAUACCGCGAGAGGCCUGGGCAGAAUGCAGGUGUAUUCUCGCGGCUCAUGCUCACUCGACCUUGGCCAAAAGACAUCACGACGAAUUCGACGCCCAUAUGGCCGCCGCUCACACUACCUAGUGUCGACCGGACGCGCAAUGACUACGUACCAUCUGGGUUUAGACAGCCCGGGCAAAAGCCAGCACAACUGGAUGAGCUCUCAACAUCAAAUUUCAGAUUGCGCAAGUGGAUGCAGUUUUCGACAGAAUCCCUCGGCAUGAGGAUGCGCAUUGGCGAGGACAUUACGACGUGGGCGACAUUGCCGGAGGAGUGCUACAUCCCGACGCCACAGAAGCCGUGGCAGGGGAUUUGGUGCGGCGACUAUGCCGGGCAUGGCUGCGAGUUUCUUGCCAUUAUGCAGCCGGAUAAUCCCAAGCCCCUGCCCGAACGAGCGGAGUGGGUCAUGCGAAGUAGGUAUCGAGAAGACAGCGUCAGCAGUGGUGGAUCGUGGACAACGGCGCCGACUGAUACGGCAACAUCGGAGGGUGGUGAUGAGGAAGUGGAGAAUGCAGGCGAUCUAGAAGACAGCGUCGCUACCCUCCAACAAGCCUAUCACGAACAAGACCUAGAUUCCCCUACCUCGGCAAGUCCUGCUGACCAAGACGAAACAAUCUACCGCGGUCGCAUCGAAGCUGUCAAACUAACAGGUGACCCAAACAUUCCCCGGGGUGAAUACACGUUCAUCGCUCCGGAUAUCGGUCCAAACGGGCUGAUCAGAGUUGCUACCGAGGAGAUUUUCAAGGGUGCGAGGAUCGUGAAGAGUGUUGGGCAUAUUGCGGCUACAGGGUUUAGAGAUGACGACUAUAUGUCGUCGCAGCUUAUUCUUAUCAAUCAUGAUCGCAUUGCGCAGUACUGGGAGACUUUUGGUCAUGUAUCGUUUUAUCAGCGGGUGGAUGUUGAUGCGUUUACCAGGGUGGCGUGA